UGAUUUGCUCUCUCUUGUUCUGCACCAAUACAACACCUCCAAACAAACACACACACACACACAAAAAGGAAAGAAAAGUAAAGAAAAGAGAGCUCAUUAAUUACGAAAAUCUUGAUCUUGAUUCUUGAACGCUUCACUUAUAUAUAUAUGGUAAGGUAUGUUGUUUUAGAGCACAAUCAAAGAAGUAAUAUUUUUCAGUUUCUGCAUAAUUUUAAUUUCCUUUUCGUUUUUUCGAGAGCGAUGGAGAAACCCAACAACGGGAAGAAAACUAUGGGGCGAAGGAAAAUCGAGAUAAAAAAAAUCGAGAAAAAAACGAGCCUGCAAGUCGCAUUCAGCAAGCGCCGCGGCGGCCUCUUCCGCAAAGCCAGCGAGCUCGCCGUCCUCUGCGGUGCGGAGGUCGCGAUUCUGGUGCAGUCUCCCGCCGACAAGCUCUUCGCAUUCGGCCACCCCUCCGUCGGAGCUCUGAUCGACCGCGUUUCCCCCUCGCCGGCGGCCGCGGGUCCGCCGCAGAUCGCCCUCCGCCGCGCCGACGACGGCAGAAUCAAGUGCGAGGAGGCCGUGAAAAUGCUGGAGAUGGAGAGGAGGAGAGCGGCGGAGAAGGAGAUCACGGGCGGAUUCUGGUGGGAGCGGCCCCACGAGGGCAUGGAACUGCACGAACUGGAGGAAUUCCUCAAGGCGUUGGAGGAUUUCGGAGACAAGGUUGCGGAGAGAGUGGAGGAGUUUCAGAAAUUGAUGAUGAAAAACUCUACUCCGCCAUUGAUGCAUGCUCCGAUCGCAGCAGCAAACAAUGGGGGUGAUGAAGAUGAUCUUAUCUAUUUCCACCCCAAUAUGCACGCUCCGAUCACAGCGCCAAGCAAUGGUGAUGAUGAUAUUUACUUCCACCUAUCAGAUUUUUGAGUGGAUUCGAGGAUUAGGGUUUUACUUAUUUGAAUACAUUGCUGGAGAAUUAGGGGGUUUUUUUAUGUGAAUAUACAUUUCUGAUGUUCAUA